AUUGGUGACACCGCGUCGUAACCAUACCUUUUAAAAUUGAAGCUGGGAGCAGCUUACAGGUUGGGGGUAGAUGAAUUAGGCCUGUGUGGAGAAACUUUGGCUGCCUUUUCUUCUUGUGUGGAAGAAUGUCGAAGGAAACUUUCACGUUCACUUCUUCCACCCUUCGCUCCCUGCGUCUGCAGCAAGAAAUGCUGGAAUGGGAAGACCGGCGGAGGGCUGCGUCUCGCCAGUCUGUGAGUCGGAGGUACCAGCCUAGUUUUGGGAGCCUCUCUGCACUCCCCAAACUUGCCCGACGCCCACAGUAUUGUCGGGAUCCUGCUGUUCACAAUGCCCUGUACACAGGAGACCUUCCAAGAGUCCGGAGCAUUUUUAAGGAUGAAUCUACUGCCAACUUGAUUGUGGAGACCCUCAGUGAGGAGCUGGUGUGGUCUGCCGAAAUGGGUAAGAAGGGGUUGUCCAUAGUGGGGGUUGUCCAUAGGGGUUGUCACUUGGAUUGGUCACUGGCCUUUUAGAUUUUGACUCAGUUCUGUGGGGGUGGGAGACUUUUCAAGGCUUGGGUUCUGGCAGGACGACAAGUUGGAGCACAGGAAUUUUGGUCCCACUGGGGAAAGAUUCAGCAUUGCAGGGUCUGUUAUUAGGAUUUCUUUUUAGCUUAGAAGGGCGUGGGGAGACGAAAAAGUACAUGAUAGAGGUAUAUAAAACGAAUAAUCUGCAUGCACUCACUGUCCUGAAAACAGUUUCACUGCCCUUUAAAUGCCCAGUAAUUAAAAAAAAAAAAAAACAGGAAAAGUGAAUAGCCAGAAAUUUAGUUAUAAUCACAAAAAUGUGGCCACUUCAGUAAAAGUGGUUAGUUUGGAAUCCCCUUAUGAAAAGUGGUAUUCUUUGUAAGCAGAGCCUUCUGUCACAUUGCUUUUAUUGCAACAUAGGUAUUUUGACAUGGAACCAGUAGCAACUUUGGCAGAAAAUGUUUGCUAUUUUCUCUCUGCCGUCAACAAGUUGCGACACUUUUAAGAGCAAUAGCCUUGAACUUCCUCAGACUUCCUCAGAGGCCCACGUUAAUCCACAACCUGCAACACGUUGCCCAGAUUUAAGUAGUUUCAGGGCAAACAGCAAUAUUAUUUCAUGCUCACUCGCUUGCAUGGAAUUUCUGAUCACUAACGGUUACCCAGGCUAGUGCUUAAAUUCAAGAGCUGGUCUACCAUGAGGCUAUUGCUUUGGGAAAGCUCCCCAGCGGAGAACGAUGGAGAAAGUCGUACUGUGCUGUUUGCUCCCAUCACCAGAGAAUCAUGGAAUUCUGUGCUUCUAAAUAUUUAUUAAGGUAUUUGUUUCGCUCAUUGGCUAUCAUGGCUGAUAGUUCUAUCGUCAGAUUUUGUGGCAGCCUAAUUAUGCGCUGUGGGAAGGAUUUUCUGUUUGUUUGCCCAGAAACUAUUGCAAAUCCAUUUAAAUGGCAGUAUUAACCUGCCGCUUCUCAGUUUUUGAUCCUCCUGCCCAAUAAUCUUCUUCUGCAGGGCUGUGGGUGCUGACCCCCCAGAAGAAGCACACUUCUCCAUUGUGCAUCACAGCGGCCAGAGGCUACCAGGAUUGUGUGAAGCACCUGCUCCUGCAAGGGGCUGAGGUUGAUGCUGUCGUUGGUGGGAAAGCCGCCAUUCACGAAAGCUGUGCCAACCACCGCGCAGAGUGCACCCGCCUGCUCCUGAGCUACAGCGCAAACCCCAACCUUCUUUCGGAGGACGGACUGGCCCCUCUGCAUCUCUGCACCACUCAGGAGUCUUUGCCGUAUGUCUGGGAAAUUGGGAAGGGGUGUGUGUUUGUGGGUUGAAGUGUUGCAGCAAUAAGGCGACAGCAGAAUAGCAGCAAAGUAAUUAGCCUCUAUGAAACUAACAAUUAGCCUUCCUGGCGGACUUGGCAGGGGGCUCCUUAAUUCAAUUGCAAAAGUGCCUUUCUCCCAUGCGAAAUUAAAUGUACGGUAGAUUGUACUACCUCAAUAGAUGAUGCAAAGCAUGCUGUUAAAUAUUACAAUCCAUGGGCAAUUCAGAUUCUGAAGCAAGAACCACCGAGUUUCAUCUUGUUUUGCAUAAUUGCCUUUGUUUACUCUGUUCCCUACUGUUUUCUGGUCCUACUAGUCAUGGGGGUGGAGAGCAUCUUUGCAGGGCAGUGGAAGCCCAAUCACUGGCACCCUUCUACAGCCACGCUUCCUGAGAAAGCUGGAUUCUUCUGUUAAUGAAAAGUGUCCAGUUGAGCUGGGGUGAAUGUAGUCAAUGAACACACCAGGGUGGAAAGCCAUGGCAGAAGGCACAGAUUAGGUUAAUACCCAACUCUCCACAACUCUGAAAAGUCCACAACACAUAUUUAUAAAGUCCCGGUAUAUUGUUAAACGUGAAGGACACGUGAUCAUGUGCUUCAACAGAAUACCUUGCCUUCAGUCUUCCUGUUGGUCUUGGAGUUCGAUUCCCAGAGUCCUGUCACUCUCCCAGACACUACCAGGAAUUUUCCAACCACAAGGUGUGUUGCAAGUGGACAACUUGACUUUUGCUUCUCAAAGCACCUUGUGGGCAGCUAAAUGGGUCAUGCUAAGUAGGCCAUAUCGUUUGCAAGCAUAUCUAACUGGGGGGAGAGAAGCCAUUGUUAUGGACACACUUAGGCCAAAAGGGUCUCUCUAGCCCCUUCACUUCUAGUUGCAGGCUCAUGUCCUAUAUGGGUCCUGAUUCUUUUAAAACAAAAACAACAACAACAGAGUGGCAGAAGUCUGUGUUCACUGCUGCUUCCCCAGAUAAAUAUUGUGCAAGCUUCCUGCACCCACCCAUGGGUUGGAUCGUGUGAUGGUUGCCAAAUUCCCCACAGCUACUCCUUGUGCUUUCCAGGUGUGCCCAGCUGCUCCUGGAGUACGGAGCUCUGGUCAACCAGAAUACAAGAGACCACCGUGCUUCUCCAUUGCACGUGGCUGCAAAGCACGGCCUGGACGACCACGCGAAGCUCUACCUCUGCUAUGGAGCAAAGGUUGCCCACAGGAACCGAGAGGGAGAGACAGCCCUCAACACGGCCUGCGCCAGUGCAGACAGGCCUGAGGAGGCUGGCCGCUACUACCGGGUGGUGAAGCGGCUGCUGGAAGGUGGGGCUGACGUCCGGAUAGCUGGCCGGAAGAACCACACACCCCUGCACAACGCCUGCAGCAACUGCCACAUCCGCAUUGUGGAGCUUCUGCUGCAGCACGGGGCACAGGUCAACGUUAGAAACUGCGCCGGCUACACACCUGUGGAUUGUGCCCUGCAAGCAGUGGAAGAUUACCUGGAGGGGCAACCUGAGAGGCUUAUAGCCACCUUGCUCGACCAUGGUGCUGCUUCUAUCAAUCCCAAGGUAAGGGUCACCACCUCUAUAAGCUGCUGGCUGACCUUGGUAUUGGGGAACUUUUUUGUACAUUCAACCCACUAGGAGAAGGCAAGGCUGGCCACAACAUUAAGCAGCUUUGGGGUAGCAAAGAGGUGCUGGAGGGCAGAGUUGUUUGUAGGGUGUGGUCUGCCUUGCGCCCCUUAAGUUACCUUGUUGUCCUCUUGUAUGAUGGAGGACACUCUCUCCUAUUGUCAGCGCAGUAGUAAAUUAACCUACCAUUCAGUAUGUGGGAAACAAAGUGGGUAGGAGUAUUUAGUCUUUGGUUAGGCAGCAACAUGGUUUGGAUUGGUCCUUAGGCGGUGGGGAGGAGAACAUUUGUCUGUGGCAGCCUUGGCCAACCUGGUGCCCUCCAGAUGUUCUGGACUACAGCUCCGUAAGUCAUGUCUGUAAAUAGAAGGAAAGGAAUGAUAUGAGAGAAUCAAGGCUUGGUGGGGCCUGGAGAUGGAAGAAGGGGUCCCUGGGAGUAGGAGUGGAACCAGGGGUUGUGCAGGAGUCUGAUGUCCCACUUCCUGGUUAUUGGAAGUCAUGCUCUGCAACCCCCACUUGUCUUUUUUCCUGAGAUUUCCACCAGGUUUUGCCAGCAUGUUCCUAAACAGUUUCCCACAGCCAUAUGUAUUCUAAACAUUUCUUUUAAAAAUGUGUACUACAAGAUACCCAGGAUUACAUAUACUGUGCUUAAUUAUUUUACUGAGCCCUUGAAAUCUUGGUCUCUGAUAUAUGCACCCUCUUGGUCUUUUGGAUUUCAUCCUUUCAAGUUUAUAAGAGCUAGAAUGUAUCUCUCUUCUGCCUUCCUUUGCCAAGGAAAAUUCCCUGGAAAUACUCAGAAGUCCUAACUGGAAUCUCUCUCUUUUCUUUUCUUUUUCUUUCUUAAUACUGAAUUAAAUUUAUUUUUAGGCACUGUGAUAAUACAGGAGUUCUGGCUGAAGACUUCCAAGGGAUGUAGCAUAGGAGAUUGCUCUGAUUUUAUCUGUGCAGGAUUGAUAAUUAUAUUAUUUUAUGUACCUUGCUUAAAGCAAGUUUUUCCAUUAAGCAGUUUAUAUAUAUAUUUCUAAAUAAAUAACAGAAUCUACCUCUUCUUUUCUUUCCAGUAUGCUCACACAUGUGUUCUCUCUCUCUCUCUCUCUCUCUCUCUCUCUCUCUCUCUCUCUCUCUCCUUGGUAAUUUUGCCUUCAGAUGCUAAAAUUUUGUGCCUUGUCACCUCAGGCUAUGGAAGUUGUUCUAAAUUCCUAUGACCGGAUCCCACCCUGUGAUUCUUGGGUGGAUUCUGUGCCUCUUGAAGUGUGGCAGGUAAAUUCCUCCAAUCGAAUGUAAUGCAACACAAAAACAAACACAUAUACACACACUUAUGCAAUCACAAGGCUUGCUGUUUUGUCCUGCAAAAUCUAUUUAUCUACUUGCACUGGCGUGCUUUCGAACUGCUAGGUAGGCAGGAGCUGGGACAGAGCAACAGGAGCUCACCCUGUAUGCCCUAUAGGAUAUUAUGAUUUUGUAUGGCAUGCCUGCCUGGUUGCUUCUGCUACUACAGAGACAGGGAACCUGUGGCCCUCCAGUCAUUGCAGUUCCUAUUGGCCUCAGCCCAAGGCUCAGGGAGAAGAAUGAGAGGAUUAUGUUCGUGGUGGUCAGUGGAGGCUGAUGUGUCUUAAGACUCAGAAGGCAGAGAGGCCAACACAGUGGACCCAGGGCUAAUAACAGGCAGAGCCAACUAAUUCUAGGUUUGCGCCUUUCCUCCUCGCUGCUGACUUCUAUAGUGACAACACCGAGACUAAGGAGGAGGGAGUUGACUGCCAGGACCACUUCCCUAGCCUGGUUGUAAGCAAAAAGGCAGGCUGGUGGGAAGUGCCUGAGGGCAGACUGCAGUUGGUGGGGCAGUACCCAAUUCACCUCCAUGGACCAGCCUGGUGCUGUGGUGUGUGUGUGUGCGUUCAAUGCCUCAUUUUACUUUUCUUUGCAUUUUGACAGGAGCAUCAGGUGUUCUACGAUUCAGCCAUCUACCUGGUGAAUCAGCCUCGCCCUCUGCAACAUCUGGCCCGUUGUGCUGUGCGGAAGCAGUUGGGGCCGCAAUGCCAUCAGGGCAUUGCUCAGUUGAAACUGCCAUCUUCUCUGCAAGACUACCUGCAUCUCCCACUGGAGGGCUAUCUCCAGUGAUGAGGAAUGUAUACACUGGCCUCAAGAAGAUGGAAGUCAAAAAUUCAGAAUGACAUACUUAUUUUUCCAAGUGGCCAUUUCUCCAAAUUUAAGAGGCUGCUCGUUAAGCACGAUUAAUAAGGUUGUGGUGAAAUGUAAAAUGGUCUGGGAAUGGUAUAUUCAGCAGCCACCUGCUCUCUCAUCUUGAAGUGGUCAAGGAUCACCCUAGAACCUGGGGCCUGCAUGAGCACUUGGGCACCUGACACUUUAAAUCUAAAUUAUUUUAAUUAUAUUUUAACACAUUUAUAUUUAUGUUUAGGUCUGAAAAUGGCUGACAAUUGCCCCACGAUGUACUGUUAGGCCCUUUCACCAUAUAAUCUUUGACUGCACUAAUACUGAUUAGUAUUAAACUGAUUAUUUCCUUUAUUUAGCUUGUGUCUGCUUUUAUCUGUUUUCUCUUAUCAAAAUGUUAGUCAAAGAUGCCCCUUUGUAUCUAGCAGUCUAACAAAAUCUCUUGUUGCAAUGUUCUAGCUCCUGCCCGCAACACCUUGUCGUAGACAUCAUCAUUGUUAUUAACCUGCCUAUCUAUUUAUAUAACCUGCCUCUUUUAAUCAACUAUUUUGUAUUAAAAUAUAUUAAAGGCAGCUAUCACAGCAAACUUUUAAACAAUAAAAAAUACUGAAUGACAAUACAAUCAAAAACAGAAUAAAAAUAAGAGAAGAGCCUAUUUCAAAAGACAGUGCCACAUAAUACCCUGCUGGAAAAGCUCACGAGAAGGCACGCAACCGUGAGAUGCAUGUGCCCUUCCUUGGGCAAAGUCUUUUAUUGAAUACAAUGAAAAGGAGAUAUAUUGCUUCUGCAGCAGAUGGAGGAUACCUUGCUCUGGAUACCAAUAUAACUUUGCUCAGUGGCUUAAUGCAGAUGUUAAGCAGUGAGAGGUUCAAAAUGGAGCCAUGUGGAACGCCAUAGCAUAACUCCUGGAGGAUUGUUGCCGUCAACAAUAGAAGUGGCCAUCAACCUAGAAAGGGAACUGUUGCAACGUGUUCUAGUGUGCAUGCCCCCUGCCACUAUGCCCUAAUAUUCAUUCCAGGACGGGGGUUCCAAAUUAGCUAAGUACUGCAGACUUAGCCAAGCCAUGGACCCCCUACUUUUGAAAAUUUUGAUAUAUCUAUGGUGGUUUUUAUUAUGCAAAUGGUGCCACAAACCUGUGUGUGUGUGUGUGUGUGUGUGUGUGUGUGUGGUGUUACGUGCACCCCUUGAGGUCCAUGGAUCCCCAACUGGGAACCACUAGGAUAGUAGGACUGAUAAUAUCAAAGACUGUCAAAAGUUUUAGGAGAGUUAACAGAGCUGAACUCCCUCCCCUUGUCUCUCUAUCUCUGUUUCCAUCAGGGCAACUGUUAUGUACUGAGUUGAAUAGGAUCCAAACUGCAGCAGUCUGAUUGGUCCCAGAACAAUAGGAUCCAAAAUGCAGCAGUCUGAUUGGUCCUAGAACAAUAGGAUUCAGAAUGCAGCAGUCUGAUUGGUCCUAGAACAAUGCAGCAGUAUGAUUGGUUGGCAGGAACCACCCAAUCCUGCUCCAGAUAGAAGUGAAUCCACAACCUGAUUGGCUUACAGUAGAAUUCCGGAAUUAGCCAAUCAUGUGCAGCCCAUUGUGUAAAUAAUGUAUAUAAAGCAGAUACUGUGAGGGGACUUUCAUUCAUUCCUCCUCACCACUAUGAGCUGAAUAAAGAGCAUGAAAUCACUUUGCGACUCUGAGUAUAUUUCAGCAACCAAGAUGUUUCAGUACCAAACAGGCCAAAAACCAGACUGAAAUGCAAGCCCCCCCCCCCCCCCGACAACGGCCAUCAUCUAAAAAUGCCUGGAGUUGCAGCAACAGACUCCCAUGAACAGGGUGGCCUACCAUCAGAA